AUGAUGUCAUCGGAGGAGGAGGCCGACUCACACGCGCCCUACUCGGAUAAGCUCCUAAAGAAACAGAAACGCGUCAGACAGCGCGUGGACGCCGGUGAGCCGCGCAAUUCUUAUUCAACUCUCGCGACGAACGGACCCGCGCCUGCGCGCUCCGCACACAUGAGUGGGGGACUUUAUAGCGCCAUCUUCGAGGGUCGCCAACACUUCGGCCUUUUUGGUCCUUGCUACGCGCCAGCUGAAAUGCUCAACGAGCUGCUGGGCCGCGCACCCAAACAGGAGGACAACGGCGAUGAGGCUAACGGUGGUGACGUGCUUCGCGAUCGUGUUCUCAGAGAUAUUCUUCAGAGUCACAAGAAGGAACUUAUGCGACUCUCCCCGGAUAAUAAUAAUGUGCUGGCAAAUAAUAACAACGAUGAGCCUAAGGACGAAAAGCGGUCACCUGAGCGACCGAUAUCGCGGGACUCGCGACCAGACCUCGACGACGCGCUCCUGAGACUGGACAACGCUUGUGAUUCUCGCACCUCACCGCCGCCUGCGCCGCAACCUUCAGAACAGCUUCUCGCUCCUAAGUCGGAACCUGAAGACCGCGAUAGUGACGCUCAAAGGUCUUCUCCGCGACCACAGGAUGUGAAACGUGCUCGUGUCGAAAACAUAGUGUCUACAAUGCGUUCUAGCCCUGCGCCUCAGCAACCUCAAGUGAACGGGUGUAAAAAACGAAAGUUAUACCACCCGCAACAACACGACGGUGCGGCAGAGAGGUACGGUGCCAGCCACAGCAGUAGUGUACAGACAGUGUCAGAGGACUCCGAGGAUGAUGGUGAGCGACCUCCGAUACAACAAAAGUUAGUAGAAAAAAAUGCUUUAAAAUCACAAUUAAGAACUAUGCAAGAACAAUUAGCUGAGAUGCAAGAGAAAUAUGUGCAACUUUGUAAUCGCAUGGGCCAAGAGUCAGAGACUAUUGACAAUGAUGGUGCGUCUAGUGAUGUAGAACAGAUUGAGGAUACUGUUCCGAAAUCAGAACCUGCAUCACCUGCAAAGGAAGUUCCGCCACCAAUACCUAACAGUGCACCACCAAACAUGCUCUCUCAGGUCAUGAGCAAGAUGAUCUCUGCUAAGAUCCAAGCCACCCAUCCUCACCUGCCACCUGGUUUCAAUGGGUCACUCCCCCUGAUGCCCCAUCUGCCGCACGGUGAACACAUGCAUCCUCCGCACACGCAUCAACACCUCAGCAAUGCAGCGGCAAUGUAUUUAAAUGUUAGCCAAAAAUUAUUUUUAGAACAAGAAGCGCGCAUGAAAGAGGCUAGUGAACACCAACAAAAUAAUCAACAUAGGCCACAAUCUAACCAACACUCGCCCCAACAAAGGCAAAUGGGGCAAACGCCUAAACCGCCCCUACCUUCAGAGCUAGCGGAACGACUAGAUGCAUUACGAAGCAAUGCGGGGUCAGUCGGCUCUAUCACAGGGGCAGAUCUAGAAAGCCUCGCUGAAGUUCUGAAAAGUGAAAUCACAGCGUCUUUGGCGAGUCUCAUCGAUUCUAUCGUAACACGUUUCGUGCACCAACGACGUAUAAUGGGCAAGCAAUCAGAGGCAGCCGCGGCUGCUGCGGAGCAACUAAACAAGGAUUUGAUACGAGCAUCGAGAAUGCUGGAUAGAAAAUCUCCACCGCCGAAAGCGCCUGAGCGACCGCCGGGACACAUGCCAGGUAACCAACCCGUCCAUCACCCGGGCGCCCCAAAUGGCGUCCCAUUUAUGACCAAUAAUCAAAUUUUUAUGAGCCAUAUGAAUGGCCCCCGUGCGCCAGGCGGCGCGGCGUUUCCGCUGCACCCCGAGGCGGGCGGGCCAGGCCACGGCGCUCACAUGCGACCUCCGACAGGCCUGUUCCAGACACCGCAGAAGCCGAUGCCGCCGCACUUCGGCCCGAUGAAUGGACAUUAUGAUCGGGAACAGAACAUCGACCCCAGCGAGCCUCUGAGUUUAGUCGUGACGCCAAAAAAGCCUAAGCGACAUAAGGUGACAGACACGCGAAUUACGCCCCGCACUGUAAGCCGAAUCCUAGGAGAAGGGAUGGGGCAUUCCCCUGAGAGCAAAUUCCCCGAGUCGCCUUCUCCACGUCCGUACCCUGGAGGCAUGGCGUUGCCGACGUCAGUUGCGAUACCGAAUCCGUCACUACACGAGAGUCAAGUGUUCUCGCCGUACUCGCCAUUUUUUGUGGCGGGUGGAGGUCUAGCGCGGUCACCGCCCGCGCCGGAGCGGGACUCUCCGCCGCUGCCAAACGCACCGACGAUGUUGCAUCCUCUGCUUGCGGCGGCACACCACAGCUCGCCGGACUACCUCCGACACCACCCACACCACCCGCACCACGCGCAGCACCACCCGCACCACAUGGACGCGCAGGACCACUCUGACUGCAACUCCACUGACCUGCCUUACGACGGAGUUCAGCCUACUAUAUCCUUUUUAAUAGAUUUACACACUAAUAUUUCCUUUCAGCUUAACUUCGAUACUUCGUAG